AUGGGUCGUGCGAGCGUCGGUUCAGCGCUCCGAGGGAGAUUCGUUUCUGGAGGCCUUGCGGACCUUGUAUCAGGUGUGCCUAUGUCGGUGUGUCUGAGUCGACUCAGAACGCAUCUGUUUCGAGCCCACUAUUUACUCAUCUGUGUCGAGUCGACUCAAGGCGGAGUAUCCCUUUCCCCCUUCCGCGCUCCGCCGUCUCGCUUCCCCCCCGAUCACUGGGACAGCGCCUAUGGGCUGCAGGCGGAAAAUCCCUUUCCCCCCUCCGCCUUCUCGCUUCCCCCGGACGUUCCCCCCGCGCCCCACCUGGAGGACUGUGAGGCGCGCACAGCCUUCCGCCUGUCCACGGAGAAAUGGGGGAAGCGGGGGGAGCCGCCCUUCUGGGCUGUUCCCAACCCUGCAUGCGGCAACGUGCCCCAACCCCCCUGGAUCCGAGGCUCCGAUGCGGCCAACCUGGCAGCCACCCGCCAAGCACAAACGGACAUAUGGCGACAGCAGUUCCCGCCCAGGCAGUGCAAGGGGCGGCGGGUGAUGCUGGUGGAGUGGCUGAGCAUGGGGUGGCACGGGAUAGGGUCGCAGCUGCAUGUGAUGGGCGCUGUGCUGAGUGCCGCCUUGUUGCACAACAGGACUCUCGUGCUCAUGCCUGGCACGCUGCCCCAGGCGGACCACGAGGAAUGCGAGAAGCUGGGUCACCGCGGGUCGCUGGAGUGCUACUUCUUACGGUUUUCAUCCAAGGAGUGCGAGGCGAUCGCUCUCAAGGCGCAUCAGGCCUGGAAGGCUGCUGAGGAGAGGAAGCGGCAGGCUGCUGCCAAGGAAGAAAAGGAAAGGGCAGAAAAAGAGAGGGCAGAAAAAGAGAGGGCAGAAAAAGAGAGGGCAGAAAAUGAGAGGGCAGAAAAAGAGAGGGCCAAAGAGAGGGUAGAAAAAGAGAGGGUAGAAAAAGUGAGGGAAGAGGAGAAGGGAGAGAAGGAGGAGGGAGAGAAGGAGGAGGGAGAGAAGGAGAAGGGAGAUAAGGAGAGGGGAGAGAAGGAGAACGGAGAGAAGGAGAAGGGAGAGAAGGAGAAGGGAGAGAAGGAGAAGGAAGCGGAAGGAGGGAAAACUGGAAAGGGUAGUGAUGGGAGGCUGCUGCGUGCAGCAGAUAGCACUGGGGGCGCUGAAACGGAUGGUACUGAGAAUGCGUCUUUGAGGAGCAUAGAAAGCGUUGCUGAUGAUGGAAGUGAUGGUGCUGAUGCUCUUGAGUCGACUCAAAAGAAGAGCAGUGGGAGCACUGAAACGGGUGGUUCUGAGGAUGCAGCUUUGAGGAGCAUAGAAAGCGGUGCUCAUGAUGGAAGUGAUGGUGCUGAUAGCACGGAUGGUGAUGAUGGGGAGGAGAGUGCAGGGGGUGUGACGAACGAGGAUGUGACGAACGAGGAUGUGACAAAUGAGGAUGUGACAAACGAGGAUGUGAUUGUAGCGCAGCCGUGUGACAAUGUGGCGUGUGUGGCCUCUGACGCUCUUGUGAUAUUCGCAACGCUGCCGGGGUUUGGUGUGGAUCAAGGGUCGGAAGUCAUAGCACAUCUCAAUUCCACCGCAGCAGAGUGA